GUAAGAUGCACAAGUGCCUGGAAGACGGGCGCAGGAUGUCCAUCAUGAUUCGACCACGCAUCCUCGUCUGUAUGGUUGCCUUCGCCAAGGCUUCCAAGCGCCUGCGCAACGCUUGAUAAGUAUAUAUCGCCCUUUCAAACUCCCGUCCUCUUCUUCUUCCUUCUUCUUCACGCACCGAGCAGGCAAAUCUAACACGUGUUUGGUCAACCUGUUGUCCAAAUCCGUCAAGUUCUCCAGAGUGAUCUUCAUUGGCUGUUGGCUUCUUCGUCCCGAAUGAGGCUGGCAGGCGAGGGAGUCAUCCUCGAGGACUUCGCAGCUCCCACAUCACAUGGUACCUUUAUGUGAAUCAAGCGUCAAUCCCGAAAACCUAUCACGCUCUCUACUACAGUCAUAGGUUCUUCAACCGUUCGUUCUUCCUCUCUCGCACUCGUUCGUUGAUUCCAGUACUCGACAAUCAUUUACCCCAUGCGCUCUUUCGACGAGAUGUUCAAACGAUCAUUCAAUAUCCGCGAUGGUCGCAUCGUCAAGUCGAAGCCCAUCAAGACUACUUAUCCCGAACAUGUGAAGAGAAAGAUGCAGGACACGGUGGACGAAGGCUCGCCAGUGGCCAGUACAUUGACGAGUCCCAUCGCUACCCUCGUGGUGGGUCGUGAGCAGCGUCUUUUCGCUGCCCACGAGGACGUCCUCUGUCACUCACCCUUCUUCGCUGCCGCCUUGAAAGGCAAGUUCCUGGAAAGCGGUUCGAAGAGAGUGGAACUGCCCGAAGAAGAACCGGAAAUCCUGUCCUGCGUCCUCGAGUUUCUAUACAAGGGUGACUACUAUCCACGCUUGUUGCACAAUAAGCGGCGAAACACUUGGGAUCUGGAGGAUGCGGUGCAGGAUCUAAAAAAUGGUGGCCGCGGAAACAGCGCUUCGACAAUCUACAUCCCCGACGUGGGUGGUGAUGUUCUCCGGGACACCAUCAUCUACUGCGCUGCCGACAAGUAUGGCCUGGAGGAAUUGAAGCGCCUGGCUCUUCGGAAACAAGGUCUCCAAUCCGGAAUCCAGGUCGAUGUGAUCUUGCGAUCUGCUCGGUACGCGUACGAGAACACGCCGGACACGGAAUCGCGACUCCGCGCUCAUUACCUUGCUCUGAUCAUCCGAAGUCGCAAGACUUUUAAGAGGAGUGGAACCAUGCAGAAGGAAAUGGAGCAUGGAGGCAAAUUGUUCUUCGACCUGUUUGUGGCCAUGUGCAAUCACAUCGAUGACAUUGUCGAGAUCAGGUAAGACAUGAUUCGCUUUCCGGCCGCUGACUUUUUUUGGGUCCUCUGUCCCCUGGAUCAACAGCUUACUUUCUGUGCUCUGUACAGCAACAGCCGUUCUCCCAAAGUCAUCUAAUGAUUCAUCAACCACCUACAGAACUCGACGGUUUGGAGCUAUGUGAGGUAGGACAGUAUGUGUUUACCAGGUUGUUGGAAGACAAAAACCCCCAGCAACGAGGUUCAUGGGUCCAAAAACUGCUUUGAUAGCAGUUAUACACUCCGCUUCUCUCGAGGUUUUGGCCGACAACUUUGCACUGGUUUCAUUGAAAACCCUACUCUUUCUAAUGGCCCCUUUUGGCUGGCGCAAUUUCGGCUUUUCCGCUCCUUUAUUUUCCUGCUACGGGGAACAUUGGUCAAACAUCACACAGUGCGCGACUACAAUUCGCAGCUCUCUUGUUUGUAUUGAUUUGGUUUCUCGACUCGAUGUCGACAUAUCUGCCCAUAUGGCGAAGCUGCUUUUCGACCCGAUCUUGACGAUUGGGGAGGAAUACCUCUUAUGAUACAGAAAUAGGAAAUGAGAGAUUCGGCCACCUCUA